CAAGCCAAAUUCCAUUUCCCCCCAGUGACAUCUGAUCAAAUGAAGACAAAUCUAAAAAAGGCAAAGCCGUUAGCGAAAGUUGGAGAAGAGAAAACCUGCCUCUGUAAUCAUCCCAAGUUUAUUCUCCCCCUUUCCCCCUCCUCUCUUCAUUAUUCCUCUUUCCUUUUUCCUUUUUUCUUCUCCUGGAAUGGAUUUAUCAGCCACGUUUUGAAACUCUUUAAUUCUUAGACCUCAGGGAAGAGUUGGGUUUUGUUUCGAUUUUUUCCCCCCUCUCCUUCCCCCAAACGGAAUGUCGGACGGAAUGGUCUUGUAUGGAUGAUUAGAAAACACCCUUUGAAAAAAACAAGAAGAUGACCAGAUGGUGAUGGAAAACUGGAAGUUUCCUUAUUAAUGAUAUUAUGAUCACCGUGAUCUGAGAUUUCACCCCAGCGUCAUUUUUCUGGUUUGCAACGAGACAAAGGAUCAUGGCAGCUUGGCUGGUGCAACUUUGCUACCUCUUGUUGUGGAUUUUAUUUCAGGUUUACAGAACUCAUACUUGGCUACCAAAACAUCCUGGUUUCCGUGUUCUUGCUCAAGCAUCGCAUUAUUGGCCUCUGGAGACGGUAGAAGGAAUCCACGAAUUAAAGGACACAGACGGAGUGCUAAGAUCCCACAGCUUCACUGUGCUUCAUUACCAUAAUUCUACUUUUGUUUAUACCAAUGAUUCUGCCUACUCUAACUUCUCCGCAACCGUAGAUAUGGUGGAAGGGAUUGUAAACAAAGGUGUCUGUAUCCCAAGCAUCAAGGGGGAAACCUUUCUCCUUUUCGGAAACUCUCAAAACUCUUGCAUUAUUAACCAAGAAUUCUGUGAGCCUGAAGGUGUGACUUUUUCCUUUUUCUGGAAGACUCAAUAUCAGCUGAAGCCUGUCCCAGCAUAUGGGGAUCAGGUGCUUUCUAAGAGAUUUAAAGUCUUCUUCGGUGAACACAAAGGCUCUGUGGAACUCUUCAAUCAUCACACGUCCAAGAAGUGGGCAGCAAGUUUUAUCUCACCAGGUCCUCAUUGGACUCAUGUGCUCUUUACCUGGAAAUCUAAGGAGGGCCUGAAGGUCUACAUCAACGGGACUUUGAACAACUUUGAUCCCCGCGGGGAAGAUUUCUACAACUAUGGGUACUCCAAUUCCAACUUGCUGAUGGGCUCCGAAGGCCAUGAAGGGAAACGCCAUGUCCAUGGCACCUUUGACGAAUUCAUCAUAUGGGAAAAAGUGCUCACCGCCAAUGAGAUCAAGCAGUAUUUCACAGCUGCUAUCGGUGACCAGUCUCUGCUUCCUUCAACAUCUCCCUGGGAAUGGCAAACAACGGCCACACUUCCCGUGCUUUCCGUAAAUGCCUACCAAUCCAUCAUAAUUAAUCUCACAGAGGGAAAACGUAGUGUCCAUGACCCCUAUGUCGUGUUGGACUACCUGAAAAACCUUUCAAGCGCCAUGCCUAAUGAAUCUCUCACAGCAAAUACGGCCUACAAUCUUACUGAGGUUUUCUUUAAAGUGGUGGAAGGCGUUCUUAAGAUACCUGUUUGGAACAGCAUGAGCCAGGCGGCGUACUUUGCCGGAGGGCUGGUGUCCACCAUUGACAGUGUGACAUGGCACAUCACACACAACCUGGGAGGAAGCCCUUCAACCAUCACAGUCCAAGGCAGUUCACCUGUGGCAGAUUAUUCCCUGGUUAAAAUGCCUCCCCAGCUCCCAGAUGUCCCGCAGUAUCGUUUCCCAUUACAAGGACAAAGUUAUAUUUCUAUACCUGGAGAAGCAUUCCAAUAUUCAGCAUGGAUUACAAUUGUGGGUCUCUUCUACCAUUCCUUGCAUCAGUAUUUCCAUAGCAUCAAACCAGUGGACACCAAAAUUCCUGAAGCUGCUGCCUGCAAGGAGUGUACAAUUUUUGCUACGAGCUAUCUUAUCUCCUUGACAAUGGAGCCAUCCCCAACUCUGUCUCACAAUCUGUCAAGUUCUCCCCUCAUCACCAUCCAUAUGAAGCAUCAACUGACGCCCCUCCAGUACAGUCAAGCCAUGAACCAAAGUAAUCAAGUGAGACUGUAUUGUGCCUUCCUGGAUUACCGAAACGGAAGCGGUGUCUGGUCCAACCAAGGCUGUGUGCGUGACGGAGGUGACCUCAAUUAUUCCACCUGCCUCUGCAACCAUCUCACCAAUUUUGCCAUUUUGAUGCAAGUGGUGCCACUAACGCUAACCAUCGGUCACAAGAUGGCAUUGUCUUCUAUCAGUUACGUAGGAUGCUCCAUUUCCAUCUUCUGCUUGACUAUCACGCUGGUCACGUUUGCAAUUCUGUCCUCCGUCAGUACCAUCCACAACCAGCGUUAUCACAUCCAUGCCAAUCUUUCCUUUGCUGUCUUGGUGGCUCAGAUCUUGCUCCUUACCAGCUUCCAGUUUGAACCCGGGAUGGUGCCCUGCAAAAUCCUGGCGAUUCUCCUUCACUUCUUCUUCUUGAGCACUUUCGCAUGGAUGCUGGUGGAAGGCUUCCAUCUCUACAGCAUGGUGAUCAAAGUCUUUGGCUCGGAAGAGAACAAGCUCUUAUACUACUAUGGCAUUGGAUGGGGCUGCCCAUUCCUGAUCUGUGUCAUUUCCGCAACGACAUCUGUGGAAAGCUAUGGAGAAGUCAACAACUGUUGGCUGUCAUUGGAGAGCGGUGCCAUCUGGGCUUUUGUGGCCCCAGCUCUGUUCAUCAUUGUGGUUAAUAUCUGCAUCCUUAUUGCCGUGACCAGAGUAAUUUCGAGAAUAAGUGCUGAAAAUUAUAAGGUCCAUGGAGAGGCUAAUGCCUUAAAAUUGACAGCUAAGGCAGUUGCUGUUCUCCUGCCUAUCUUGGGAAGUUCAUGGAUCUUUGGCAUCCUGGCGGUGAAUGAACGAGCUUUGGUGUUCCAGUACAUGUUUGCAAUAUUUAACUCAUUGCAGGGUUUUUUCAUCUUUCUCUUUCAUUGCCUCCUGAACUCAGAGGUCAGAGCUGCCUUUAAGCACAAAACGAAGGUGUGGUCACUAACCAGCAGCUCCAUCCGCAACAUCAAUGUGAAAGCUUUCAAUUCUGACAUUAUAACUGUGACCAAGCCCGCAACAACGCCAACCAAAGUCAACACUAAUGACAAAAGCAGUCAUUCUGGCAACAAGAUCGAUCUUUCCGCCGUCUGACAUCGGCCCCUGUUGGCCCUUCCUUCUGAGACCCAGGCAGACCACACCCUCAGGAUCUUCGAUUUGUUGCCUGACUACCUAUUACUCUCUGAGAAUUUGUUCCCGUAGGAAGCACCUCUUUACUUCCUUCCAGCUAAAUUGAGGAGGGGCAGAAUUGCCCAUUGGACUGAAUCCAUACUUUCAGAUUUUCUGGGCUUGGUGUGACCUCUUUUUGGCUGGGAAGACUAGAUAUAGAAUAGCCAAGGGACAUUUUACACUGGAUGGUCAUCUAAGCACUGGCAGGGAUGAAGCUGAGGAAGAUGGGUGGGGAAGCCCCAAAGGUGCUUUUUCAAGAGGCAGCUGGACUUUCUUUGAAGACGUUUCAUUUCUCAUCCAAGAAGCUUCUACAGCUGUGACCGACUGGUGCACUCCGAUGUUGGUGGUACACUUGUCUGCCCCAAGGAUAAAAUACCCAGACACAAACUGAGCAACGUUGUAUAUGCACUAUAAUGCAAUGAGCCUUGUACAGAUCUGUACAUUGGGGAAACAAAACAGCCACUUCAUAAACGCAUGGCUCAACAUAGGAGAAACAAACCCAUCAGGACUAGAUUCAGCCGUCCACCUUUAUUUAAAAGACAAAUGCCAUUAUUUUGAAGUCCACAUUUUGGAUGGAGAGGACCACUAGUUUGAAUGAGGGGUCAAAGAGACCAUCUGUGUCAAAAUUGGCAGCCCUCUCUUAACAGAGGGGGAGGGAGGCAACAUCA